GCAGAGGGGAGGGGGACCCAGGAGGAGGAGCAGCCACAGCAGCCGCGGUUCAGUUUGGGAACGGGAGUCCCAUUUGAGCCAAGGAGCUGCCCGGGAUGGUGGCAGUGACCGUGCCAGUGGAGUGGGCAUGGGCCAGACUACCAGCUAGUGGAGAAGAGCAGUUGGAAAGGGGGAUUAGAGAGCCAGGCAAGGGCCCCCCUGCAGCGUGAUGUGCCCAGGACCCCCAGCCCAGGCCCAAAGCAAAGGCCUCCUGGGGAGACUGCUCUGACUUGAGGGGAACUCCAUGCGCCACGUGCAGGUGGAACCAACGCCAUCCCCUGAGCCUGGCCCCUCACAGCCCCCAGCUGGGCAGAGGGGCCGGAGGGGUGGGCUGCUCAUGGGCUUCAGCCAAGCAGGAGGGACUGUGUCCCAGGGAGUCUACCAGGUGUCUGUCUUUUCCCCUCUGGCCAGCCCUCCUGAACCCCGUAGGGCCCUGAAGCGGCCAGGACCCCCUACUGAAGGUGUCCGUGAGGCAAAGAGAGGUCCAGGGCUAGCGGGUAGGGAAGGACAACCCUUUGAGGAGCCAGCCACAUUAGGGCCAUUGGAUCCUGGGCUGGGCCUGGGGCUGGGAGGGGCAGGCCAGCACUUCUCACACCGUGGCCUCCAAGUUGUGGAGCAUCGGGACAGCCCAACUCCACCUAGAACUACUGGGGCCUGGAUUUCCCCUGGGCCUCUACCACAUGCUUCCUAUAGCACUUUGCACACCAGAGACUGGGGCCCCCCAGAGCCUGGGGGGAAGGCGGGCCUAGAUGAGGCCCCUGGGCCAGUGACACCUUCUGGCCAGCUGCACAUACUUGAUGCUGAUUUGCACAGUCUUGCACAGAAAGGGGAAGAGGACCCAGGACCUGAGAUGGGCAAUGGGGGCAGCCCCUGGCCUGGGGAACCCCCCGGCACUGCCAAUGGACACAGCCCUGAGCAUACUCCCCCAGGCCCAGCCCCCCCAGGACCCUGUCCUGCCAAGCGACGGCUGCUCCCAGCUGGAGAGGCCCCUGAUGUCAACUCUGGAGAUGAGGGACCAGCCCCCCGAAGGCAUAGGGCAGCUCCUUCUGGCCCUCCCCCUGCUGCCCGAAGUACUGAUGCCAAAGCUGCGCCAUUCUGGAACCACCUGCUGCCCAUAUCCAGGGAGCCAAUGCAGGGCUUGGCAGACUGCAGUCCUACAGGGCGAAGACUGAAAGGUGCCCGACGUCUAAAACUGAGCUCUCUUCGAAGCUUCCGGAAGGGGCCAGGCCUGCUGAUCUCUCCCAGUGCCCCCCAUGUUCCUACCCUUGCUGUCAGCCGCACCCUGCUAGGCAACUUUGAGGAGUCAUUGCUUCGAGGUCGAUUUGUGCCAUCUGGCCACAUUGAGGGCUUCACUGCUGAGAUUGGGGCCAGUGGUUCCUACUGCCCCCAGCAUGUCACCCUACCUGUUGCUGUCACCUUCUUUGAUGUCUCUGAGCAUAGUGCCCCUGCCCCCUUCCUGGGCGUCGUGGACCUGAACCCUCUGGGGAGGAAGGGCUAUAGCGUUCCCAAGGCGGGCACCGUUCAAGUGACCUUAUUUAACCCUAACCAGACGGUGGUGAAGAUGUUCCUUGUGACCUUUGACUUCUCGGACAUGCCUGCUGCCCAUGUGACCUUCCUUCGCCACCGACUCUUCCUGGUGCCUGUGGGUGAAGAAGGCAGUGUGAACCCUACUCGCCGCCUCCUCUGCUACCUGCUGCACCUCAGGUUCCGAAGUUCUCGUUCUGGCCGGCUGUACCUACAUGGGGACAUCCGCCUCCUCUUCUCCCGUCGGAGCCUGGAACUAGACACAGGGCUCCCCUAUGAGCUGCAGGCCUUGACAGAGGCCCCCCAGAAUCCUCGUUAUUCACCUUUGCCCUGACUGCCCAGAUGAAAAGCAGGCCUUUCCAAGGACACUGGCCUACUCCAUCUUGGACUCCCUGGGCCUGAGGAGAGAGAGGCAGGUCCUCCAGGCCUGGAUUAAAGGGACAGCCAUACUUAAGGUUGAAGUAUUGACCAUUUGGUGUUUGAAACUCCUGUCCUCCAUCUUCCAGCUAAUUUAAUUAAAGCCCUGCUCCAGGUUCACACACACUCUCUCCCCUCCCUUUUGGCUUCCCCGCCACUACCCUAGAUGGUGAAGAAGGGAAAUUUCCCUAAUGUCUGGAGUUGUAGGGGGUGGGGCCUUCUCCAAGUUCUGUAGAGCUUAGGAAUACAGGCCUAUCAACCUUUUCCUCAGCUUUCCCUUCCCAUCCAGGGCAGGGGCAGCAUCUUGUUUUAUUUAUUGUUAAUUUAUAAUUUAUUCAAUUGGAACUGCUUUGUUGACCUCCAAAACCUGACAAUUGACAUUGCUCCACCCAUCUCAGAUACUGCCCUAACCUUUGGGUUUGAGCAGACUUAUCUCUGCUAAGGGGAAUAGAGCUGCCCUCUAUUGGUUAGGGACAGUGAGGCUAGGAGGAAGAAGAGAGUAUAGCAGAAUGGUAUGGGGGUGGCCUUACUCCAUGUGCCUGAGGGCCAGAGUAGAGGUGUUAUCCUGAAGAGACUGGGUCAGUAGCCAAAGACCUAGUUUCCCUACUUCCUGUUCUCCAUUCCCUUGCCCCUUGAGGCCUGCCAGAAACUGUGUGUGUGUGUGUGUGUGUG